AUGCAAGAGACGGUGGUCUUCAAGGACGUGGCUGUGGACUUCACGCAGGAGGAGUGGGCUUUGCUGGGUCCGGCUCAGAGGACGCUCUACAUGGAUGUGAUGCUGGACACCGUCAGGAACUUGGCAUCAGUCGAUGAUGAAACUCCACUUAAGGCCUUUGAGUCAGUUUCUCAAGAGUCUACUCAUGAGGAAAAAAUAUCCAAGGAAGAUAAAACCAGAAAACAUAGAAAUCAUGAUUCUUGGGCUUCCAUUUUGGGAAAAAUUCGGGAAGGCCUUAGCAUUGAAGAUGAACACAUGAAGCGGAACGUACCUCUGAGAGAUCACAUGGUGGAGAGACUCUGUGAGACUGAGGCCGGUUCUUACCGGGGAGGAGCCUGCGGUCACAUCCCCAGUCCUGGUCUGGCCGGGACUUCGACCGUCGGCGCUGACCCAGACCAGUGUCCGGAGUGUGGAAAGGUCUUCGCGCAUCCUGCGUCCUCUGAGAGGCACAUGGCAGCCCACGGGGGACACAGACCUGAUCCGUGUCCAGAGUCUGAUGGGGACUUUACCUUUCCAUCAGAGCUGACGGGACCCGUGAAGAUCCGCCGUGGAGUAAGACCUUCAUGUGAACUGUGCUGGCAAACGUGUGUUCAUUCUGGAUCCUGUCGAAGGCAUGACAAAGAGAAGCCCCGUGUGUGUGCGCAGUGUGGAAGGACCUUCGGGUUUCUAGACUCCUUUCAAAGGCAUGAAAGGACUCACAGUAAAGGGAGACUGAACGAGUGCCAGGAAUGUGGGAAAGUAUUCAAAUGGCCUUCGUCUCUCACACGACACAUGAGGACACACAGCCGGGAGAAGCCCUACGAGUGUGAGCAGUGCGGCAAGGCCUUCAAGUGGCCCGUCUCCUUACAGACACACCUGAAAAUACACGUGGGAGAGAAGUACAGGUGUGAGCGCUGUGGGAAGGCCUUCACGUGGUUGGUCUCCUUCCAGAAACACCUGAGAACACGCCCGGAAUUAAAGCCGUACAGGUGUGAGCGCUGUGGGAAGGCCUUCACGUGGUCGGUCUCCAUUCGGACACACAGGCGCUGGGGCUGCGGGGAGAAGGCGUGCCGCUGGCCCCUGUGCCUGCAGAGACAGCAGCGCACACACCCCGCCGAGGCGCCCCACACCUGCCCACAGUGCGGGAAGACGUUCCGAUGGCAGUCCUCCCUGGGGACCCAUGGCAAGACCCACUGGGAAGUCACACCGUACAGGUGCAGGGACUGCGGCAAAGCCUUCAGAUGGGCACUGUCCUUACACGAGCACAUGAUGACCCACCCUGGCCAGGUCGUCUACGCGUGCAAGGAAUGUGGGAAAAGGUUCUCGUACCCCCAGUCCCUGCAAAGACACGAGAGGACCCCCAGCCGAGAGGAACUCCAUGAGUGCAGGCAGCGUGGGAAGGGCUUGGAUCAGCGUGUCCACCGGCACAGACAUGAGCACAUCCCAGCGGGGCGAAGCCGCAGGCGGGUCAGCGAGCCUUCCAUCGGGCCGCAGCCUUCCCCAGCCACAUGCAAGGACACGCAGGAGAAGCCGUGUGUGCCGGGAAUGCGGGACAGCUGUUGGUAA